AUAUAUAUGUCAAUUUGAAAGCGUGUUAAAAUUUGUUUUACGUAUAAACUAUAACUGUGUUUGAGAAUCUAUGUCCAUGUUGAACUGAACUGAUGAACUAUGUUGAGACUAGGUGUGCUAUUUAUCUACCUACCUACCUGCCUAUCUACCUACCUACCUACCUAUCUACCAUCUACCUACCAUCUACCUGCCUACUUCACUGUAUACUAACAACAGUGGUGGGCAAAAUAUUCCGGAGCAAGUGGAAUCCGCUGUACAUUCGACGAGCAGUCGAGUAUCGGCCUCUCACCGUGCAAAACGUUUCGUCUCUUUUACGUUCUCGAUCCCGGCCACGUUUUCUUUCGCCUCGGAUCGGUGCCUCCCGAAUGAGAAACGAAUUUAAUCGGACAGUUCGAGAGCAACCGAAUUAAAGAGAGAGAAAGAAAAGGAAAGGGAGAGAGAAAGAGAGAAAGAGAGAAAGAGAAAAGAAAAAAAAGAAAAGUAAAGAGAUAACGAACGAAAGAAGGAAAAAAAUUCAAUUCUUUUUGAAUCGUUAUGUACAUUGAUAAUUAUUAAUCACGUGACGUGAAUUACAUUCUUCAAAAAGUUAUUAACGAUUUUAACAAGUGGCUUGAAUUAAAAAAAAUAUAUAUAUAUAUAUAUAUAUAUAUAUAUGUAUAUGUAUAUGUUACGAAGAAACUUUACAAUGGAUCGAUAAGAAACAAAAAAAAAAAGGAAAAGGAAACAGCAGCACAGCAGUGAUAUGAAGGAACAUUUUCGAAAAUGAUGAGGAGGAGCGAUACGAGUAAAUACGACGUCUCCGAGGUCGCAGGAGUAACCAUUUUGCUCCUCGUCGCAUUGACUCCUGCUCUUUGCUCCGCCGGAAUCCUGGACCCUUUUCAAUGGGCAAGAAGCGAUCGAAUCGAAGUGAACAUACCAUGGUUACCAUUCGAGAACGAAACAAGGUGUUACGAUGAAUUAGGCUGUUUAAACAUAACCAGAAGUUGGUAUCACUUGAUGCAUCGACCACUCAACGUAUUCCCUUUACCGAGAGAGGUAAUCAAUACCAGCUUCAUUCUUUACACCAAUGACAAUCCAACUGUGGGUCACGUAUUGAUGGUAGCCAAGGACAAGUCUAUCAAAUAUUCCAAUUUUGAUCCUAAACGAAAGACUAAGUUCAUCAUCCAUGGUUUCAUUGAUACACCACUUAGCAGUUGGGUAAAGGAAAUGAGGAACGAAUUGUUAAAACACGGAGAUUACAAUGUAAUUGUGGUUGAUUGGGCUGGUGGUAGUCUACCACUUUAUACUCAAGCUACUGCCAAUACCAGAUUAGUAGGCUUAGAAAUAGCUCAUCUUAUAAAACACUUGCAGACCAACUACGGAUUGGAUCCAAACGAUAUUCAUCUGAUAGGUCACAGUCUUGGUGCUCAUACAGCUGGUUAUGCUGGUGAAAAAUUACGUGGUAACAUCGGUCGAAUAACAGGCUUAGAUCCAGCGGAACCAUAUUUUCAGGGAAUGCCAAGUCACAUUCGUUUGGAUUAUACCGAUGCCCAACUGGUCGACGUUAUUCAUACGGAUGGAAAGAGUAUAUUUUUCUUAGGGCUUCCAGGUUAUGGGAUGAGCCAAGCUUGUGGACAUUUGGACUUUUAUCCGAACAAUGGAAAAGAACAACCAGGUUGUACGGACCUAAGUGAGACAACACCAUCUUUACCAUUGACUCUAAUACGUGAAGGUUUCGAUGAAGCAUCACGGGUCCUGGUGGCUUGCAAUCAUGUGCGUGCCAUAAAGCUCUUUACCGAGAGCAUCAAUUCGAAGUGUCAAUAUAUAGCUCACGAAUGUUCGAGUUAUACUACAUUCCUGAAAGGAGAGUGUUUUUCCUGCAAGGGCAACGAUAGUCUAAACUGUGCGAUAAUGGGCUAUCACGCCGAUGCUAGUCCAGCUUUGCUAAAACGUAGAGCUAUUAAACAGGAUGUUUCUUCGUUGCUAGGAUCUAAAUUUUUUUUUAACACCGGCAAGGAGGAUCCUUAUUGCAGAAGACACUAUAGGAUAACAAUCAAUCUAGCUAGACCACCAACUGCUGAAAGUUGGGUUCAAGGUUUCAUGAAGGUCACUCUUCAUGCUGACAACGGACUGAUACGUAAUAUGGAUCUCACGCCUAGGUGCGAUUAUAAUAAUAUCCACUUCGAGUGUCUACAUCUAAAUUGGCCGUCAUUACGAAUUAUUCAUGAUUUUUCAAAUUGCAGUGGUUAUAUGAGACUAGAACAUGGCUCGAGCGUACGAAUGGUAGUUGCUCAUCCAUCAGGUUCGAUUGGCAAGAUCAGACGUGUCGAGUUAUCUUGGUCUUAUGAUAUGGACGUGCUUCAACCGCGAUCACUAUGCUUUUUUUGGUGUAACGAUCGACUAUACGUAAACAGUGUUAAUGUUGACGUUAUGGAAUUACCAGGAAGAGGAAAAAGAGAGACCGAUCUCUCCAGCAAGUUAUGUUCAGCGAAUAGGCAGCAAUACACAGAAAUUGCCAGUGGUUCGGCAGCUUCGUUCGUUGACAAUUGUUGAUGAUCAAUGAAUUCAAUUAAAUCUUCGCGCAUGGAUGGGGACUGAUAAUAAUAUUCAUGUAUGUACAUGAACAGUGAUAUAAGUAAGUACAUACAUACGUCAUACACAGAAUCUUCGUCAAAUUUGUUUCUCGACUAUAUUUCGAAAAAAAAAGAAAAGAGAGCACAAAAGUAUCAACACUAUUAACUCCAGUAUGUGCAAAUGAUUUAACAUAAGAAUAUUACAUGCGUGUAAACGCUCAACACUCGGUAGAGAUCUUUUCCUUAAGAAAAAGACAAAAAAUAGUAAUAAAAAGAAAAGAAGUUAAUAAUAAUAAUAAUAAUAAUAAUAAUAAUAAUAAUAAUAAUAAUAAUAAUAAUAAUAAUAGUAUUAAUAGUAAUAAUAAUAAUAAUAAUAAUAAUAAUAAUAAUAAUAAUAAUAAACAGACAAGAAGGCAUCGUCGAUAAAAUUGCUAUACUUUUGGUAAUGAUCGAGAGGAUUGUUAAAAGCAUUUUCUUGCAAUUUUUUUUCUUUUUUUUUUUUGUUCAUUUUUUUCUCAUUUUUUAUAUCCUUUGGACAUAGCUAACAUUACAAGUAAAUUAAAGCGUUUUAUAUAGCUAAUUCUUCAGCUAACUGUAAAAUCUCUCUUCAACAGUAUUAAUUAUUAAUCGAUUUUGUAUAUCUUGUGUACAAGAUAUAUAUAUAUAUAUAUGUAUGUGUAUAUAUAUAUAUAAUAUAUAUAUAUAUAUACAUGAUGAAUAUACGUAAUAAAAGAUGCGCGCGAUGAACAUGUGCGUGCGUGUUGUGUGUGUAUGUACGUGAGUUAAUGACGGAUGAUAAUGUGUGUCUGUGUGUGAUUUCGAUUAUAAAGCUAAUAUACUCUAAUGUAAAAAAUAAAGAAUAAGCGACGAGGUCAUCAUCAAUUACAGUACGAAGCAAUUAUCUGCGUUUAUCUUUUUUUUUCUAUUUUUUUUUUGUUUUUUCUUUUUUUUCCUUUCAAUUCGGCAUGUUUUUUUUGUUUGUUUGUUUGUUUUAUUUCCUUCUGUUGUUGCAUUGUAACUAUGACUUAGUCUAACUCUACUAUUUUCUUUUGCAUCUCUACUAUGUCGUUUUAAUUCUUUUUUUCUUUUUUUUUUUGUUCUUUUUCCCUUUACUUUUUUUGGUCUUUUUUCUUUUAUUAUCGUUCUUUUCUACUUUCAUUGCAUGGACAGUAUAAACGAAGAAACUAUUAGCCAUUAUUAUUCGCAUAGGAACGUUAAUUAUUUGUGUGUAUGUGUGUGUGUGUGCGCGUGUGUGUAUAUGUCUGUAUGUAUGUAUGUGCAACUAUAUAUCAUUUUAUAAUUUAAAUAUCAUUUUUUUUUUUUAAUGAAACGCGUAAAGAUUUAACUUGUACUCUUCAGGAACACAUUGUACACAAUGAGAGUGACUGUGUAUAUCGUCAAAUAAAAAUAAUAGUCGAUCCGUGA